AUGGAUAAGGACCAGGCCGCCCUAAAACAGAUUAGAGACGCCCUGGCCAACAAAGGUAGUGAGUUACGCACCCUUCAGCUUGGUGAAGAAAAUAAGACGGUAACCGUCCAUGUAAAAGGCAUGUCGGAGGACACUAGUAAAGAGGAGCUUAAAGAAGCACUCGAGGCUUACAUUGGUCGAUGGCAAGAUCCGAAUAGAAUCAAAGAGAUGAGGCCAUUUACGGGUAACACCCUAGCGGCUACAGUCAUCCUCACCAAACAGGCGGCUGAUUCUAUUCUCCAGGAAGAGACAGUAAAGGUGGGAAUCGUCCGAUGCCAGGUUGAGAAACGUAUCCGGGUCCCUAGGUGCAAUAGAUGCUGGGCCUUCGACCACGCUCGGGAUGUGUGUGCCGGCCCCGAUAGGACCGGUACUUGCUAUGGCUGCGGGGUAACCGGGCACGAUACGGAGUCCUGUCGGGCUGCGGCAAGAUGCGUCUUGUGCGAUGAGGCACAAGUGUGGCAGUAUGGCCUGUCCUAA